AUUCAAUUCAAUCCCUUCACUUAAGUUGUUUCCAAACAUGUGUAAAGGAAGCCGAAGUGCUCCGAAAUCGACGGAUCCAAUUCCCAAAUAAAUUCGCGAGAACGAAGAAGGAAAUAGAAUCAGGGACGAGCUCUAUCGCUGAAGCAAGAAUCGAGGGAAAACCGCUCGGAUCUGGGAAAAUGGGCGAGGGAUUUCUACCAUACGCACCGCGAUCCAAAGAGCUUUCUCCUGAGAAAAAAGCAGCCAAACUGAAAUCCAACACCGCCGCCGGAGAAGGAGAUCAGCGAACAGGCAGCAAGCCAACGAUCCGCCAUUUUUUUACCUUCGGAGAAAAUAGAAGGCGGCGGCGACGACGACGACGACGGCAAGUCCCUUCCGUUCGUUUGGGAUCCUUCCACAGAGCUACAUUGACGAUGAGCUUACUGUAGGCUGUAGGAGGUCCUUUUGGAGGUCUUCUCUUGGAUUCUGCAAUCUUCCACGGCCGUCGGUCGUCCGAGUCGAAGCUCUUCUUGAUAUUUGGGAAUUUGGAUAGUGCAGGGUGUUAUUUGGGAAAUUCUGAAAGAUAAGUGCCUCAAAAAAAAAAUAAAUUUCACUAAUUUCUUUUGCCGGAUCUGUUCUACUCCGUCUCCCUCGAUCACAGCGCGCGACGAGUAACCAGCGGAAUUGGCCGGCCGGCCAGCGAACUUCUAAGGAAGCGAUCCCUCCUCCGUCCUCGUCGCAGCCAAAACGGAGAAAUCGGUGGAUUCCUUAGGGUUCGUCUUCGCCAAUCCCUAACCGGGAGAAAGAUUGAUCUCCAACCCCUUCUCAUUUCAAAGAUUUACUCAAACCCUAGCGAAUGGAGCAGCCGGGCAUCGUCCAGGCUCUUCCGGCCGAGCAACCGAGCAUCGUCCAGGCUCUUCCGGCCGAGCAACCGAGGAUCGUCCGGGUUCUGCCAAGGGAGCAACUACACAUUAUCCAGGCUCUGCCGGCCACUCCUAGGAAACAAAAGGAGCGCAUCGCUGGAGGCACUGGAAGCAGCAGUCUUCCGUCGCCGACCGGCACUUCUCGAUGCACUCGCUUGCAGGCCGCCCCUGACUGGUCCACUUACGAUACGCUCGUCCUUCUCAACGAGAUCGCUUCCAUGGACGAGGACUGGCUCAAGGCGCUCUCCUCGUACCAGAAGUGGAAGAUGAUCGCGGACAACUGUGCCGCCUCGAACGUCGUACGAUCCUCCCACCAGUGCAAGAGGCGGUGGAAGUCGCUGCUCGCUGCCCACUCGAAGAUCAGGGAGUGGGAGUUCAAGCAUGGAGAGGGAUCCUACUGGAGCUUGGAUAGUGAGAAGAAGAAGCACUUGCUAGGGCUCCCGUACAUGCUCGACCAGGAAGUGUUCAGUGCCAUGGAUGCAGUUAUUAGGCCGCAGGAGGGUCAGGCUGUGUUGGUCGAUAUGGAGGUGGAGGGCAUCAUCAUGGCUGCCAAUGGGUUGCAAGAGCUACCUGUGGCCGAAGAGACAGAAAUGCUGGAUGUUACUGAUGCUCCAGGUUCCAAAGAGAAUAUAGAAGAUGAGAAUCAAGAUAAAGAAAACUUAGAAAAGGCGAGAAUUAUGAUGAGUAAGCUGCAUGAGAAUGCUCAGCAGAUACAUGUCAUUCUGAAACAUGAGCUAAAAGAUAAUCUUGGUGUGAAUCCUGCUCUGGUGGAUUUGGCAUACCCUAGCGAUGCAAUGAGGUUGCAAGCAGAUCAGUUAAUCAAAGCUCUGAGGAGCCUUGUUGGUCCUCUGAACCAGUUCACAGAACUGAUCAAGGCGGUCGGUUAUGAAGGCAUUCAACCUAUAUGAGUCCAUGAUAUGCAAUGCGAUGCCACUUUGUCAAAGUUUUGGUUGCAUUACCUCACACUUUGUACUGAUCGGGUCUACAAUGCACUUAAUUAUUCAUGAGUUAAACAUGACUAAUCACUUUUGAGUUUUAGUGUAUUAGCUUGUAGCCAUUGAGGAUCUGUCAUGUUCAAAGACAGUUAGUUCAUAUAGCAUGACUGUUUUAUUUUUGGUCAAAUAAUUUGAAGGUUUCCUCUAAAUUCAA